UCCGAGUGGGCAGUUUUAGUGGUUUUUGUCUUCCGAUGCGAUAAACAUGGACCCCAGUGAACUGCCAGUAGUUUCCCACUUUCGCUCCACGGAUCUGAUACAGCCGCUGAAGGAUCCCCAACCGGUGACGGCACACUUUCGGGGAAGCUUUCGCUUCCGCCGGUUCCAGUCCAACCCGGAUCUGGCAACAAACAAAUUGGUCGAACUGAAUCGUUUCGAUCGAAUUCCUUCACCCCCGGUAUGUGGUCCGGAAGUGUUGAUGCUGCACAAGAAAAUGGAAAAAAUCAAGCCUUUCGAAAAAAAGAAAGAGAAAACGCGACUAUUCGUGCUUCCCCCUAGUUUGGAGUCCGGGACGUGUCAGCAGAAAAAGGCACCGAAAACAGACCCUGGAAGCGACGCCGAAGAAAUUGACAAGCUCUGUCAAGGAUUUUCAGGUCAAAUGGUGCCCUUGAAAUAAAUACUCGAAUGCCCUCGAAUCAGCACCAAACAUCCGGGAGGUUUUGCAAAUUAAAAAUCUUUCGAAUUUUUUCACUCAACCGUUGUCAACAAACAUUUCCAGCACAGCGUGAAAUAUUUCCCUGUGUGUUCUGGAUUUCCAGCUCAGCCUGAACCGACGACGUCAUCCAUUCAGAACCGAUUUAGCGUGAAAUCAGAAAUUCAGAUCUCCUUCCUCCGCCUUCCGCCAAUCUCGUCCAUCUCUAGGCCCUGGUGAA